AUGUGGAAAACACUCUCAAAAUCAUCACACAAACUCAGUAGUAGUAGUAGUAGUACUGUGAUGAUUGCAACAACACGUACUACCACCACCACCACCACCACCAACAGCAAGUAUCGAAGUCAACUUUUCUCAACAACACCAUCAUCAUUGAAAUUCAACCAUCAACAACAUGAUCACUACCAACAAGCUCGAGAUUCUCCAUCCUCCUCCUCCUCCUCAUCAUCAUCAUCAUUACUGACCAUCGAUGACAAUUGUCAUUAUUCUUUAAAUCAUCAUCAUCAUUGGUUCUCCAACCACUCAUCAUCAUGUUCAUCCACUCAAAGUCGAACAAUAUUCAAUUCAUCUUGUUGGAAUCGAUCCAACAAGUCCGAUCACCAGCACCACCAUCAUCAUCAUCACCGAACAUUUUCCACUCUCAGCAGCAACAAUCAGAGUCUUCUCAAAGAUGCUACUGAGAAUGCUGCUCCUGCUGGCAAUGAUGGGAAUGCUCCUUCUGCUCCUGCUGACCACACAAAGACUUGGAAACAAUUCCUCCUCUCCUCCACACGUCUAUUCAUGUCACUUUUAAAAAAACUUUUCAAAAUUCUUCUCUAUGUUCCUUUAGGUCUUGCUGUUACUCUCUUUUCCAUCUAUGCUCUCAUGAAAGGUUGUUUAGAAUUAUUCUAUACACUCAAAUUGGAUGAUCCUGAAGAACAUACUCUCUUUUAUUAUGAACCAUUUAUUCAAUGGAUGUACAAGAUGGAAAGUGCAGAGAGAUUUAUUAGGGCAUUUUAUACCUUAUUUGUCAUUGCAGCUGAUUACUUUCUUGUUUUGGAUACUUCUCCAAAAAAUCCAGCUUAUUGGUUUAGAGAGAAACCAGAUAAGAAUUCUGAGAGUUUUAAAGAAUUGAAAUCAGCUCAUCAUCGAUUGAAUGCUAUUCGAUUGAAGAAUUUAUUUUGUUCAUUUAAGGGAAUUUAUAUUAAGUAUGGUCAAUUCUUUGCAUCCUUGGGAGGAUGGAUUCCAGAUGAAUAUGUUGAAGUGAUGAGUGUUAUGAGAGAUCAAGCUCCCAAGAUUAGUUACGAUGAAGUUCGUAAAGUGAUUUAUCAAGACUUUGGAAAACAUUUAGAAGAAUUAUUCUCUGAAUUUGAAAAAGAACCCAUUGCAGCUGCAUCGAUUGCACAAGUCCAUCGCGCUCGUACCAAAGAUGGUCAAUUAGUCGCUGUAAAAAUUCAAAUGCCCUAUUUAAGAAGAUAUUUCCAUAAUGAUAUGGAUACCAACGACAUUGCUAACAAAUUUUGUAUUAAACUCUAUUACAUGCAAGAUGAUGCAGAGAAUAUUGAUGCUCUAGUUACACUCAAUAACAAAUUCAAUGAUGAAUUAAGAGAAGGUCUAUUUACAGAAUUAAAUUUCUUACAUGAAGCUAAUAAUGCUAAAAAAGCAGCAAAGAAUAUGAGAAAACGAAGAGAUGUUUAUAUUCCAAAAGUAUAUUCAGAGUUUACUUCAUCACGUGUAUUGACUAUGGAAUUUAUUGAAAAUGCUGUCAAGGCUGAUAAUGUUGAAGCAAUUCGAAAGAUGGGUUUCUCUGAGAGUGAUAUUUCAAAGAGAAUUCUUUCAUCAUUUGCUGAUCAAAUUAUGGUACAAGGAUUUAUUCAUUGUGAUCCACAUCCAUCGAAUAUUAUGGUGAGAAGAAAUCCAAAGAAUCCACGUGAACCUCAAAUUGUCAUUCUCGAUCAUGGUCUCUACAAAUCCAUUGGUGAUGAUUUUAGAAUUGCCUAUGCCAAUUUUUGGAUGAGUAUCAUUUUAGGAGAUAUUCGACACAUGAAAAAGUAUUGUAAAUUACUUGGAAUUUCUGAUUACAAAUUGUAUGCUUCAAUCAUCAUGAUGCAAGGCUUUGAUUCUGUGGUAUCAACUCAAAAAGAAAAACAAUUGACAGAAAAAGAUUGGGAAGAGUUUUUUGAAGCCAUGAAAGUCCAAAAAGAUGAUUUUGUAAAUAUUUAUAGAAAUAUGCCUGAUGAAAUGGUAUUUAUUUUGAGAACAGAUAAUAUUUUGAGAGCAUUGAAUAGAGAUUUAGGUGCUAAAGUGAAUCGAUUUGCAAUUAUGGCAAGAGCAGCUGCAAAAGGAUGUAAAAUCAAACAUGGUAGUGAAUCUGAUUCUUUGAAUUCAGAAUCUAAAAUGAAAGAAUUCUCUCAACGUGUGUCAUCCUUUGCCAGUCGAUUGAACUUUGAAAUGAGACUCUUUUGGUUGACCUAUGUCAAAUCUACCAUCGUGGCUCUUUAUGUAUCCUUGUUUGGUAUUUACAGUGAGUGGAAACGAAAUCAAACCAUUGAGAAGAAUUUGUACUUUUUUGAAACUACCAAACACUUUGCUGCUGGAUUUGAUUAG